AUGGAGAGCAACGCGUCCUCCGGGAACUGCACCGACCCCCAAAUGUCCCUCCAGCCCCCCCUCUACGCCGCCACUUACACCAUCAUCUUCAUCCCCGGCCUCCUGGCCAACAGCGCUGCCCUCUGGGUCUUGUGCCGCUUCAUCAGCAAGAAGAGCAAAGCCGUCAUCUUCAUGAUCAACCUGGCCGUGGCCGACCUGGCUCACGUCCUCUCGCUGCCCUUACGGAUGUACUACUACAUAAACCACACGUGGCCGUUCGGCACCUUCCUUUGCCAGGUGUGCUUCUACCUGAAGUACCUCAACAUGUACGCCAGCAUUUGCUUCCUCACCUGCAUCAGCAUCCAGCGGUAUUUCUUCCUCUAUCAGCCCUUCAAAGCCAAGGACUGGAAGCGGCGGGACGAAGGCCCACUCCACCGCUUCGUCGGAGCGGCGUGCUUGCCCCUGCUGGUGGUGAGGAGCCCAGCCUUGUCCAACAGCACCAACGCUUGCUUCUCGGACCUGGGGGUCAAGCAGCUGAGCCCAGGAGCCUCCAUCGCGCUGGUGACGGUGGCGGAGCUCUUCGGGUUCGUCAUCCCCUUCGGCAUCAUCGCCUGCUGCACUUGGAAGAUGUGGCAGUCCCUGCGGGAGUGUCCGACGCAGCUGCAAAACGCCAGCGAGAAGCAGAAGGCUUUGCGCAUGGUCCUGAUGUGCGCGGCCGUCUUCUUCAUCUGCUUCACCCCCUACCACAUCAACUUCCCUUUCUUCAUGAUGGUGAUAGAGAACAUCAUCCAGGACUGUGCCAUCCACAGGAGCACGCUCCGCUUCCACCCCAUCUCCCUCUGCCUGGCCAGCCUCAACUGCUGCCUGGACCCGGUCCUCUACUACUUCAUGACCUCCGAGUUCCAGGACCAGCUGCUGCGCCACAGCUGUGCCGCCCUGCGCGCCCGGUUCACCCACCGUGGGGGCAGGCUCUCCAUCACCGAAACCGGCCGCAACAUUCGUACGAAGAAGAGAAAUCUUCCGCGCUUUAAGUUUUGGUCUCUUCCCAAGCUCUUUGGGAGCAUGGAAAUCCCUGCCAUGCCACCCGACGAGCUGCUGCUGGAGUCCAUCUCGUGA